AUGACAACCCCUGAUGAUCCCAGGCUACAUCAUCCACCGCAGUUCAUGUCCCAAUCACGGUACCUUCAAGGACCAAGAUAUCUGCCCCGUGAUCCGUUAGGUGAAACAGAGAUUGAAAAUCAGGAAUCUCACAACGAGGCUACAUUGCUGUCAGAGGCUGUAGUGCCGGCACUGAGUGGCUUCCCGGAUGUAAAGGAGUUUGAUCAACUGAUGCAGAACUACGUGGAGGAUCUGUCUAUCAAGAAGCAAGAUAAAGCGUUGAUCUAUGCGAAGAGAGCCCGGAACAUCAGAACUGUGUUGAUUGAUCCCAAAGAUACGGCGGUGGAAUCAGCUCAAUUUAGGUUUUGGGUUAAAAAGAUGUUCAAACUCCAAGCUGUUGGGUCGGAUGGUUCCCAAGGAAUUGAUCUCCCGCUUUGUCAAGAUAUGUCCAACCUGUCAAGUGCGCCGUGGGGGAUCACGAUUGACACCGCCAAAUUCGCGGAGAAGUUCCCCCAGACUAGAGAUGGUUUCCCGAUCUCCCAAGCUCCCGUCGCCGCCAAUUUCGCGGCGAGAAUCAACAUUUACUGGUCAAAUGCCUCUUGA